AUUGUGUAGAAAAACACAUGUGUUUCUGUCUGUUAUGUGCCUGCUUUUACUUGUUUUGGCUUAGUUGGCUGUCAAAAGUCAAGAAUGUUUGGAUUUUUCGAAUAAGGUAUCAUCAGCAUUCAACAUGGCGAGUGAGAAUCACGGUCUCCCACCAGAGGUGCACAUCGAUCAUUGGAAUGAAGCCACCAAUAUCUACAUGAUCGUCAUUGUGGUGUCUGUAUGGUUCUUCGUUUAUUUAAAGAGACACACUGGAAUGUUUGCCAGGUUAUUCACCCGGCCGACAGCUGCUAUGGAGGAAAGAACGCAACGCUACAGGGAAGAACUAAAAAAAGUCAGACUCAGACAACAGCUGGAGUUGUAUUACGUUUCUCGGAGAUGGGAGCAGAGCCAGCAGCAGGUGCCAGUGGCAGCUGAGCAUCACGUUGACAUGGACAUGUCCACGUGACAGUAACUUCCAGUGUUCACAGUUGUCAUUGUCAUAUCACGAUGGAUCUAUCUGCAUUAAGCAUGGAAUGCUAGACUCGAUCCCCUGUCCUCAUCUGCAAGGAUAAAGACAGGUAUUGGUUUUACAAAGCCAGCGAUAUCAUUGGAUACAACGUACCAUCUGACAAUGUAUAGAGUACGGGGUACAUCCAUGUGUACGUAGAAUUUUAUUGCGAAAUGAAUGCGAGUUGGCUCAUAUCAUGUGACCCUCAGAAAACUGACGUUGGCUUGAGGCCACUCUCUGAUGUAAUUCACGAGCCGUGAAGUGUGACGUCAGAUGUUCAGGAUACCUUUAUACAAGUUACAACUCUUGUGGAAUGGUCUUGCAUCAAUCAUCCAGACAGUAUGCCCUUUAUGUAAGCUAGAUGUAUAAUAGAAUGGUCCCCUUUAAAUAAGGACAGGUGUUGGCUUUAUAUGUAUACACAUGUAAGUCACAUUUGACUGCGAAUCUCAUGAACCAUGAAAGCCAUGUGAAAUGAUUGGAGGUCAAAGGUGAUUAUGCACGUGGGCUGAGCAGCAGAUCUCUGGCAAAAUUCACAAUCCUCAGAUGAUGUCAGGUGUUCAGGCUAGAUGUGUAACUUUUCAAUUGCCAUCUGUUAAAAUCCAGCAGAGAGUGUCAUUAACAGUUGUGGUCAAACUUUCCAAAAUUGAGAGGGCCAAACAUUUUUCCUGAUGUUUUGACUAAAACAUUAGUCUUGUAUCAUGGUUUAUUCAGUGAUCACUAGAUGAUGAUAUUAAUUUGCUCUUUAAAAAACCCAGUGACAUCAGCCUCUUUACCAUGGACAACGUGCCGUAUACUUUAAAAAGCUUCCUAAUAUAUAACUAUCUAAAUCAUUGUAAACUUUCAUAUCCUAAGAUACUAAGUAAUACUGUAAACUACUCAUAAUUUGAAUAU